CAACACUUAAGAAACAUAUCGCAUAGUCAGACGAUAAACACGGAACCAUUCAACAAGAGUGAAAACUCUUUACCAACAGGUUUCCCAUCGUUUUUUCAUGCUGACCAUGCGUUUUCACGGGUCAGUGCGUCUAUUGGAAAUUGCUCUUUUGGUCCUCCUGGCAGUCUGUCAACAAUGUGUCUCAGCUGACAAUGACAUUUUGGCUCCACCAGAAGUCUCGCAGCACAAUGGCACCAUGUAUGCAGUGUGCAAAAUGAGACCCAGCUCAACAAUACCCGAGGGUCUGCCCAAAGUGUACGGUCAGGUGCUGUUUAAGCAGGAUUAUCCUCAUGGAAAACUCAAAGUCCUUCUCCGGUUUAAUGGCUUCCCCACGGAGGGUAAUCCAGAGCCUAGAGCGGUGCACAUCCAUCAGUACGGAGACCUGAGACAGGGGUGUGACUCCACAGGUGGCCACUACAAUCCACGUGGUGUACAUCAUCCAAACCACCCGGGAGACUUUGGGAACUUUGAGCCCCAGGAAGGAAAAAUCAAUACGUUGAUAGAAUCUGAGGCAACACUGUUCAAAGAGCUUUCUGUGAUCGGAAGAGCAGUGGUGGUCCAUGAAAAGAGAGAUGACUUAGGGCGUGGUGGAGAUGCGGGGAGCCUGCUGCAUGGAAAUGCAGGCCGCAGGCUUGGCUGCUGCAUUAUCGGGAUUUCCUCUCCUACUCUCUGGAACAUGUACAACAAGCAGAAUAACAGGCCGCUGAGGAGAAAUUAGAGUAGAGUAGUGCUGUAUACUUUUAAUCAGCUCACAGAUGUUGCCUUUGUAUUCAUUCAGUCAUUGUAUCGGUUGUAUUCUGUGUCUGAUACUAAGAAAAAUCAAUGAUUCAAUCACAUCACCACUUUCCAAACAUUCAACAGUAGCUUAUUGGAUGUAGUGGAAACUUGCCUUAAGAACGUGACCCACCAAAUUUGGUUCAGACAUCCAUGGUUCCCAAAGGAUGUAUCCUUGAUUUUGGUGAUUCUUUGCUUUUUCUUCUAAAACCCAUUAAGUUAGACUCCUUGCAUGAAACCUUACAAAAAUAGACAUUCUGCAUUAAAUACUGUAUCAAACUUUACUUUCAGGGCGGUGUGUCACAAUAUAUCAAAUCAUGAUGAAAACUGCUUCUUGUUUUGGAUUUUAUACUUAAAAUACAGUUUUUCCAAAAACA